AUGCCGAAAGCGAUAAUCCCAUCUUUACCUAUUUCUGGUCUGUUUGGAGUGAUAAAACCAAGUGGCCCCACGUCCAUGUCAUUGCUCAACAAUCUUCAGCCUUUGUUCUCGGGCUCAAGGCUCUUCGCACCGCAGAACAAAAUGGAUGAUGCGCAGUUAGGAGGAAAGACAAAAAGAAGACGCUUAAAACGAGGCGGAGACGUCAAAUUAGGGCAGGGUGGAACUUUGGACCCGUUGGCGGAUGGUGUGCUGGUUUUAGGCGUUGGGAAAGGUACUAAAAAACUCACUCAAUUUCUAGAUUGUGCGAAGGAGUAUCGAGCGACUUGCCUAUUGGGAUGUGAAACGGAUUCAUACGAUAGCGAAGGAGCAAUAGUCCGGACUGCUCCUUGGAAACAUGUCACGAAGGAAGCAGUUGAGCAGGCGCUUUCUCACUUCACAGGAGAAAUCCAGCAAACCCCACCAAUUUUUUCGGCCCUGAAGAUGGAUGGAAAACCGCUCUAUGAGUAUGCGCGGAAAGGAAUUCCGCUCCCUAGGCCGAUAGAUCCUCGUUCGGUAACUGUACACAAUUUGAAAGUCGUGGAGUGGUUGGGAAGCUCCCACAAGUACAGAUGGCCAGAGAAAUCGUUAUCGGAAGAAGAGAAGAAGGCAGUAGAACGAGCAAUUCAAGGCGUUGACGGAAAGGCCACCAUUGAGGAUCAGCCUGAAGAGAUAACUCCAAACCCCAACGAUGAGGUGCCUUCAGCUUUUGUGUUGUCCAUGAAAGUUUCUGGAGGCACAUAUGUUCGAUCUAUCAUUCAUGACCUUGCUAAUGUUUUGGGCUCAGCUGGUCAUGUCGUGACCCUCACCCGUUCACGACAAGGUCGCUUUGUCCUGGGUGAUGACGAGCUUGAAGACAAGGAUCGUCGAUGCAUCCCGUGGAAUCUUUUUGAGAAAGCGUUAUCGGGCUCUUCAAACGAAACCGACGAGGAUGGAUGGUGUGAGUGGGAGACGGAAAUCCUUCAGCACAUUGAGAUACACUGA